UCUGAGCUGGGGGAGUUUGCCGUGAGGCUCCAAAUAAAGCAGAUGUGUUUGUGAAUUUCAAUAGUGUCUAGACUUUCUUUUACCAAAGUUGAUGAUACAGCAUUUAACCUGAGGUGUUUUCUUUAUUUUGCAUUUUGUUCCUCUUCAUCCUUUAUUUUAAGUACUUGCAUAUGGGAAUGAAAUGGAGAAAUUAAGGAAAUAUAUGUCAGCAAGAGAUGAGGAUCAGUUUUAUCAUCAGGGAGCUGUGGAAUUGCUGGUCUUUAACUUUUUGCUCAUCCUUACAAUAUUAACAAUUUGGUUAUUUAAAAAUCAUCGAUUCCGCUUUUUGCAUGAAACUGGAGGAGCCAUGGUUUAUGGUCUCCUAAUGGGAUUAAUUAUACGAUAUGCAACAACACCAACAGACUUUGAAAGUGGAACUGUCUAUCCUUGUGAGAAGCUGAAGUUUGGCCCACCCACUCUACUUGUUAAUAUAACAAACCAAGUAUAUGAAUAUCAGUACAAAAGGGAAAUCAGCCAACACAACAUUAAUGCUCACCAAGGCAAUGCAAUGCUUCAAAAGAUGACAUUUGAUCCUUCGAUCUUCUUCAAUGUUUUACUGCCACCCAUUAUAUUUCAUGCUGGAUAUAGUUUAAAGAAGAGACAUUUUUUUCGUAAUUUAGGAUCAAUUUUAACAUAUGCCUUUUUGGGAACUGCCAUCUCUUGCAUUGUUAUUGGGUUGCUAAUGUAUGGCUUUGUGAAGGCCAUGCUACAUGUUGGCCAACUAAAAGGAGGGGAUUUUCACUUCACAGACUGUUUAUUUUUUGGCUCGUUGAUGUCUGCUACAGACCCAGUGACAGUUCUGGCUAUUUUCCACGAGCUGCAUGUGGAUACAGAUCUGUAUACCCUUCUUUUUGGAGAGAGUGUCCUAAAUGAUGCUGUGGCUAUAGUUCUCACAUAUUCGAUUUCUGUUUACAGUCCCAAGGAGAAUCCUAACACAUUUGAUGCUGCUGCUUUCUUCCAGUCUGUGGGAAAUUUCCUGGGGAUCUUUGCUGGAUCGUUUGCAAUGGGGUCUUCAUAUGCUGUUGUCACAGCUUUAUUGACAAAAUUUACAAAGCUGUGUGAGUUCCCCAUGCUGGAAACAGGCUUGUUCUUCCUCCUGUCUUGGAGUGCCUUCCUGUCAGCGGAAGCUGCUGGUCUUACAGGAAUUGUUGCAGUCCUUUUUUGUGGAGUCACACAGGCCCAUUAUACCUACAACAAUCUGUCACCAGAUUCCAAAAUGAGAACUAAACAGUUGUUCGAGUUCAUGAAUUUCUUGGCUGAGAAUGUCAUCUUCUGUUACAUGGGGCUUGCGCUAUUCACAUUCCAAAAUCAUAUAUUUAAUGCUCUCUUUAUAUUUGGGGCAUUUGUGGCAAUUUUCAUAGCAAGAGCAUGUAACGUAUACCCACUUUCUUUCAUUCUGAAUUUGGGUCGAAAACAAAAGAUUCCCAGGAACUUUCAACACAUGAUGAUGUUUUCAGGUUUACGUGGUGCAAUAGCGUUUGCACUGGCUAUUCGGGACACAGAAUCUCAAUCCAAACAAAUGAUGUUUACCACAACGCUGCUUAUUGUGUUUUUCACAGUCUGGGUUUUUGGUGGGGGCACCACGCCGAUGCUCACAUGGCUUCAGAUCAGAGUUGGCAUAGAUCCAGAUGAAGAUGUGAAAGCAGAAACUGCAAGCCAGAGAGCUACUACUACGGAUAAGACCACAACCAAGGCUGAGAGUGCGUGGCUGUUCAGAAUAUGGUAUGGGUUUGAUCAUAAAUAUUUGAAACCCAUUUUAACCCACGCUGGUCCACCGCUUACAACAACAUUACCUGAAUGGUGUAAUCCCAUUGCCAGACUGCUAACCAGCCCUAGAGCAUAUGGCGAGCAGCUGAAGGACGAUGACAUGGACUGUAUCGUGAAUAACGAUGAACUGACUAUAAAUUAUGAAGACGCCAAUCCUGCUCCAGUGCCGGCACAGGCCAGAAUAGUCUCACCCCAGACUCCAGGCAAGGAAAACAUUCAUGAAGGAGACCUUGGAUUAGGAGGAUGUGAACUCCAGCUUGAGCACACUCCAGCAGACACCCAGUUGAAUUCACUGGCAUGAGCAGUGCAAAUGUAAUCACAAGAAAUGCACGGAACAUGAAGGAAUACAAGCCAAACGUAUGAGGCAGUGUUGGUAAGAAGCUAGAAAAUGUAUUAAAAGCAUAAAUUGAAGAGAAUCAAAACCUUGUCAAAUGUAUCUUCUGGUGCCUGAAGAAAUGAGGAUUUAUCAUCAUCAUCCAUAUAUGCUAUACAACUACAUUUAAUGUUUUGACAGUGGCAAUUUUUAUUAAUGAAAUUGAAGGCACUGUCUGCUACAGGCAUAUUACAGAUGCACUCACAGCGUCGAUUGUACUUCGUGUGCACAUAAACACACAGACUUCUGAAUAUUGUUCUCUUUGUUAAUUAAUUCAGCUGAGGAGGAGAGAUAUUUGAUUAACACGAUCAUGCUCAGAUGAUCAUAGAACUUUUUAAUAAGUUGCUCCUGGGCAGACAUAUCACCCAUGUACAAAUGCAAACUUUGGGCAGCUACUUCCUCUUUACAAAUGUUUAAGACUCCCACUUUAUGCUUAUAGCAUUUGGUAUUUUCUAGACAGUCAGUCCAAUGGAUGCUUCAGCAAAAAUAAGUUUCACCCCCGAGCUGCAGAGGGUUAAUUCAGAACACAAAAACUGGGCAUUGCUAUAUUAGUUGUUCAAGCUAAAUAAAUCAAUAACGGAACUUUUUAUUAUUAUUUUGAUUGAUCAUGAUCACUAUGGAAUACAGCAAUUACACUUAUCCCACAAUGCAUUUGUUGCUAGAGUUGGCAAUAGGUUUUUAUACACAGCUUGUGUGAUUGGAACAAUUUAUGUUUUUGUGUAAAAACAUUCCCAGUUUGUAUUUUGAUUUUAGCUUCUUUUGGAGCUGGGUUUUAUUUGGU